AUGGAGGGCUACUUUGCAUACGGGACGCUGGCCGAUAAUCCGAAAUACAGUUGUGUCAACGCGACGCUGAGCCAGGCGGAAAUGGCGGCCCGUAAUGAGAAGAGCCCCAUUUUGGGUGCACUUUACAUCGCCUAUGGGCUGCUCGUACAGACCUGCUACGCCCUGACCCUCUCCGUGAUCGCGACCCGAGAAUUCCGACAGAUCUCGUGCUACAAAUUUAUGCUGUCUUUGGGAAUCAUGGACACGCUUUGCAUCGUAUUAAGCUGUGACCUCGCUGGUUACCUCUAUAUGAUUG